GGCGUUGCGAGGAGGGCCCUCCUCCUCCGAAGGCGAAGGCGAAGAGGAAUUCUAGACGGAGGGAGGGGACCGCCGAUUCCUGUUGCGGAGCAGCGCGCGGUGAUGGGCGUGGAGCGGGAGGUGAUCGAGGAGGGCGACGGGCGAACCUACCCCAAGCGGGGCGACGUCGUGACGAUCCACUACACGGGCAGGCUGAGCGCCAGCGGGCAGAAGUUCGACUCGAGCCUGGACCGCGGGAGGCCCUUCGAGACGGAGAUCGGCGUGGGCCGGGUGAUCCGCGGGUGGGACGCCGCCGUGCCUCUCAUGAGCCUCGGCGAGAAGGCGAAGCUGCGCAUCUCCAGCGACUUCGCCUACGGCUCGACGGGCAUAGGCGGCGGCAUGAUCCCGCCGAACUCCGACCUCGAGUUUGAGGUGGAGUUGCUGAAGAUAUCCUCCCCGGGCGCCGCGGGCCCCGGCCGCGCGCGGCGCGGCGGCGGCCCUGGGGACGGCGGCCCCGCCGACGCUGGUCCAGCCGGACGCCACAGCGAGGGGCGGCCGAGGAUCCGAGGCUGUGGGAGAUACCGAAGGAGGAGCGGCCCUUCGACGUCGGCAACACGGUGGAGGUGCACGGGCUGCAGUCCGAGGCAGCCAGUCAGCUGA